ACCAACAUUCAGAGGAUCCCUGAAUAGCCUUCGCGUUAGGACAAGGUGCUGGAAGUGACAGAGCGAAAGAAAAGACUCCAGCGCUAGAGCGGAAAAACCGUAGCAAGCUACAGUAACUGGCCAUUCAUUCGGAAUCCUGUAGCAUCUGUUAUCAUAUCAGCAUAAAACAAAACCUGAGCCCCGAAGUCAACUCGGAGCACUCUACUAUCCGAAAGAAUGCAGCUUGGCAAGUCAACCCGGUGGGAGUGACUGAUGAAGAUGGGCCAAAAAAGUAGAGUCCACUGGUGAGGAGUGGUGAAGAGUCCAAACAGAACCAUAGCGGCUAAACUACCCCGAGCGCCACCAUGCCCCGCCUCCCCUUCUGAACUCUCCUGCCAAUCCGACUCCACCCCCUGUCCCUCACACACAGACACAGUCACUCUUGCCAGUCGAGCUGCGGGCCGCGCUCGCCAUGGCCUCGGCCUACCUGUGGAAGCUGUCGUCCCAGAAGCUGGGCUUUUUCCUGGUGAGCUUUGGCUUCAUCUGGGGCAUGAUGCUGCUCCACUUCACCAUCCAGCAGCGGGCCACGCACGAGAGCAGCACCAUGCUGCGACAGCAGAUCCUGGAGCUCAGCAAGCGCUACAUCAAGGCCCUGGCCGAGGAGAACCAGAGUGUCAUGGACGGGCCCUACGUGGGAACCAUGACGGCCUAUGAUCUGAAGAAGACCCUGGCGGUGCUCCUGGACAACAUCAUGGUACGGCUGGGCAAGCUGGAGUCCAAGGUGGAGAACAUCUACAACAGCACGGGGGCUAACCUGACCAACGGCACCAGCACGGCCACCCCCAGCGCCUCCAAUGCGGAGAAGGUCAACGUGGCAGAUCUGCUGAACGGCGCUCAGGAGAAAUGUGAGCUUCCCCCCAUGGACGGCUUCCCUCACUGUGAGGGCAAAGUCAAGUGGAUGAAGGACAUGUGGCGGUCAGACUCAUGCUACACUAACUACGGUGUGGACGGCUCCACCUGCUCCUUCUUCAUAUAUCUCAGCGAGGUGGAGAACUGGUGCCCGCACCUGCCGUGGAGGACCAAGACACUGGACGAGGAGGCCGACCGGAGGGGCCAGACGGAGAUCCGGACGAGCUUCGAGGAGCUAUACCGGGUCACGUCUCGGCGAGAGGAGUUCCGCUGGAUGAUGCUCCGGAUCAAGCGCAUGGAAGACCCCUGGAUCAACGCCAUCCGCGCCCUGGCUGCCAAGCAGAACCUGGCCAAGCGCAAGAGGAAGAAGAUCCUGGUGCACCUGGGCCUGUUGACCAAGGAGUCGGGCUUCAAGAUCGCAGAGAACGCCUUCAGUGGGGGGCCCCUGGGGGAGCUGGUGCAAUGGAGCGACCUCAUCACCACCCUCUACCUGCUGGGCCACGACGUACGCAUCUCCGCCUCCUUGGCCGAGCUCAAAGAGAUCAUGAGGAGAGUGAUGGGGAACAAGUCCAGCUGCCCCACCCAGGGGGACAAGGUGGUGGAGCUCAUCUACAUUGACAUUGUGGGCCUGACCCAGUUCAAGAAGACACUGGGGCCCUCCUGGGUCCACUACCAGUGUAUGCUGCGGGUUUUGGAUUCCUUCGGCACAGAGCCCGAGUUCAACCACGCCCACUAUGCUCAGUCCAAGGGCCACAAGACCCCCUGGGGCAAGUGGAACCUCAACCCCCAGCAGUUCAACACCAUGUUCCCCCACACGCCAGACAACAGCUUCCUGGGCUUUGUGGUGGAGCAGCACCUGAACGCCAGCGACAUCCGCCACAUUGACGAAGUCAAGCGGCAGAACCAGUCGCUGGUCUACGGCAAGGUGGACAACUUCUGGAAGGACAAGAAGACCUACCUAGACAUCAUCCACACCUACACGGAGGUGCACGCCACCGUGCACGGUACCAGCACUGUGCACUUGCCCAGCUACGUGAGAAACUACGGCAUCCUGAGCGGCCGGGACCUGCAGUUCCUCCUCAGGGAGACCAAGCUUUUUGUUGGCCUGUCCUUCCCCUACGAAGGCCCCGCCCCCCUAGAGGCCAUAGCCAAUGGCUGUGCCUUCCUCAACCCCAAGUUCACCCCGCCCAAGAGCAGCAAGAACACGGACUUCUUCAAGGGCAAGCCCACCCUGAGAGAGUUGACCUCCCAGCACCCGUAUGCUGAGGUGUAUAUUGGCCAGCCUCACGUGUGGACGGUGAACAUCGACAACCCUGCGGAGGUGGACAGAGCCAUCCGCUCGAUCCUCAGUCAGAAGAUCGAGCCCUACCUGCCCUACGAGUUCACCUGUGAGGGGAUGCUGCAAAGAGUCAACGCCUUCAUUGAGAAUCAGGAUUUCUGCCAUGGCCAGGUGAUGUGGCCUCCCCUCAGUGCUCUGCAGGUGAGGCUGGCUGAGCCGGGGAGCUCCUGUAAGCAGGUGUGUCAGGCGGAGCAGCUCAUCUGCGAGCCCUCCUUCUUCCAGCACCUCAACAAGGACAAGGACCUGGCCCGGUUCGGCAUGGACUGCCAGACGGUGGAGUCGUCGGGCGACACGGUGGUGCCUGCGUACAGCGACGCACGUCACCACUGCGUCUUCCAGUCGGACCUGCUGCUGUUCAGCUGCGCCGGCGCCCACCCCUCCCUCAAACGCGUCUGCCCCUGCCGGGACUACAUGAAGGGCCAGGUGGCGCUGUGCAAAGGCUGCCUAUAGCCCCUGUCUGUCUGGGUGUGUGGAGAGGAUCGAACUGGAGUGGAUUGGACCCCCGUACCCUUCCAGAGAGCUGCAGGGAAUGGGGGGGUUGGGGAUCUCUAGCUCUAACCACUCAGAUGGCUUGACUCCUCUCCCUGGCUCCACACCUGCAGUCCUGCAGCCUAACUCCUCCCACAGCCAGGCCUCUGGAGGGAGGAAGAGCAGCCUGGGAACCAGACAACCAGGAGACAUCUGUAUUAUUUAUGUCUGUUUUUAAUCGCCUGAACUUUGACCUUUUAAGGCAUGUUGAUCAGCUCGUCAGACAGACACAGCAUCGGCAGCAAACUGUGGAAAUUCAAAUGGUGGACAGAAAGAGGCCAGUGAGCUAUAUACAUACUCUGGGAACUAGGAAUGUCAAUGGAAAAGUUUUCAGUAAGGCACCUGGCAGGAGGAAAGGAGGGUACAGAAAAAAGAGACAUUGCGCAUCGGCCUGAAUUACUUGAAUCAAUGGGAGUCGCUGUAUAUUUGAGGCAGAGCGCAUAGCAACAGAGCUCACUACUGCCCCUAGGAUGUGUGAGAGUGGGUGGUACUGGAGCCGGUGGGCCAGUGACUCCACCCACUGUAUCUCUCCAAGCUUGUAGUCGCAUCGUGGGACCAACGAGCUGGUGUGUCGCUACACUCGGCAUGCUUUCCUCUCUGCCCCCCUGUCCCCUUUUUAUCUUUGAACUCUUUUAGCUAUGUAGGUUUGCACUGGAGACCCAUAAGAGGCCGUCCCCAGGCAGUAAGGCUCUGUUUCAAUGUCCACACUAGCGUACUACUUAGGAUGAAGCAAUGCACAGGGCAUGUAUUCUGAAUGGUAUGCUCCAAUGGAAAGUUUCCCAUAGACCCUGAUCUAUGGUCAGUUUUGCAUUUCCCUUAUUUAUGGUUAUGAUUGGGGGAGUGGAAGCUGAUCCUAGAUCUGUACCUAGGGGAAACUUGACCAAAAGGAAGUUAAGUGUGAAGAACAAGACGAAGCAGAGCCAGUUUUACACUGUAACUGUACCGCUCCCCAUCGUCGCGUCUGGACAGGGGAGCGGGUCAGAUGUAGAUAUAAUGUUGAUUUUGAAAUGUUCUAAAUCGCAAAUCAUUUUUAAUCCUGAGGCAUUGUCCCUCGUGGUCAUUCCCAACUACACCUCACACACACACACACCGUCCAGCAUGGCUCCUCUGUAGCCCUGCAUGGUAGAUUGCCCCUCCUCAUGCUCCCAAUGUACAGACUAGAGGCUGAGUUUUCGAAAUCGCACACAUUCACACACACACCUGACUGACCGGUUGGAAUGUGCUGGGGAUAAGAGGUGUGUGCCAAAUAAUUGCCAGUGGCUAAUGAAAAUAAUAAUUAGUCAUUGAUCAAUUUCAAUCAAAUGUAAAAAAAAAAAUUUAACAGGAUUAUCAGGUCAGAUCAGUCACAUGUGACAGUGAUGACAUAGUGUGGUACUGUUCUGUAGACAGUAGAACACCAUCACAGCUGUAGUGGGAAAGGGCCCCUCUGGCAGAUCAAACAUCAGUAUGCUCAAUCACCAGUAUCACAUAGGACCGUUGCUUUGACCACAAUAGAUUUAUCGGGAACGUAUUCUAGAUUCUAAAGAGAUAUAUUGACCAUGAGUACUUGUAUUAUAGAUAUUUAAAACCUUUAUGUAUACAGUCGACCCGAAAGAUACACACACACACACACAAACAUCAUUUCUAUGGAUGCACUGUAAGUUAUAGCUCUUGACAAGAGCAACACACACACCUGCAACUUUACUUGUUUCCUUCAUUUGGAGAUCGUUUAGGAUCCUAAUUUGCCUGCCAAUUAUUUUUCUUUUUUUUUACGUGUCAAUAAAAGCUUGAAUUAGUAGUCCUUGUUGUGAAUGGAAAUAAUGCACUACUUUAACCUAAUUUACUGAAGUUUAACAACAUAUAUGACUAAUACUGUAUAUUCUUCAUAUGGGUUUUAAAUUAUUUUUAAAUGUGUUUUAUAUACAGAUCUUUCUCUGUGUUUGCUGAAUUGUUUCUUUUUAUUUAUAGAAAAGGAGAUUUUACAGAGGGUCAUUUUAUUUAUGGAAGAAAUAAUAUAACGUGUACAUUCAAGUGGAUGGAUUAGACGGGAGUUGUUUGUCCCAUCUGACUCCAACCUCCAGCAACAGUGAUGAGAGAGAAUGAGGAAUGGCAAAGAGAAUAUCCAAAUGCUUUGGCAACAUGGCUGCGAAAGGAAUAGGGUGUCAUUUCAGACACGCCUUGAGACCGACCGUCCACUUAGACACUGACGAAAUGUGUUGGACUGGACAGUAGUGACAUAGACGUCUCGCUCCUCUCAUCACUGUGUUUUUCGGGGUGAUGACGACGACAUCGGGACAAAAAGCAGCGCGCACAUUUUUUUUAAUUUUUAUUGUAAAUGCCAGCAAAGAACCUCGUGUUGUUUUUUAUUUUCAGAUCUUAAUGCAAACCAUUUGCACAUUUUGUAAAUAUAGAUACGUUGUCUUUUAGAUGGUCACUUGCGUUUUAUGACGAGCUCCCCCCCCCCUCACCGUACUGUCCAGGUCAGUUUUGAUUACGUCUGUGUAUACGAUCUGCAGCCAAGCAACGGUUUUAAAAAGUACAUGACGUGCCUUUUGAUGGUUAUUACUAGACCGCUUAUUGUACCUGCCCUAUUGAUCAACCGGACCUAGUGCCAGAGAGAAUUGUUAGUUGAGAUCUCGUACUUUGCUCGAAGGAUAAUGCUUCUUAUAACAUUUACUGUAAAGGUAAAACAGUAAUUGUAUGUGUUGGACUUAGUGGUGAUGGUUAAAACAUAUGUCUCUUAAUGCUGUUGUGGACAUGUUUAGCGAAGGCUUUUAGUGGGGUAAAAUGCAGCAUAUGAAAGAUUCUGCUUCUUUGUGGCAGCGGCCUUGUUCUGCUCGUAUUAGAGUCAGGCUUAUUUUGAGUAUGUUGUCAACUGUUUCCUUCCUUUCAUUGGUUGUCAUGUAUACACCGAGGGAUCUUGACAACCAACAUAAAUAGCCUCUGUAAAUGGUCUUCUUUUUAAAUUGGUUUGUCCCAAAACGGUUAAUGGAACUGUAAAUACGAUAGCUGAAAGGAAGAUGUGUUAUGGGCAUGAGAAAAUGUCCUUGUGUCUCUUUUAACCCAACAUCGAAUGUCUCCGUUGUCAAAUCUGCAUUUUGCAUUCAUGUGUAUCCAUUAUGACUUUUCUUUUUCAAUCUCAACCUUGUUUUAAGCCAAUCAUGGAAAAGCUAAAGCAGCGAUUGUUAUGGGACUAAAUUAUGACUGUACAAAAAAUUAUACAUUUUGUUUUCACAGUUGCAGACAAUUUAAAGGGGAUAUAACUUUAUUUUUCAAUAAACCUUUUUCUGUGACAACUGG